CUGGAGUUGAUUGACAGCGGGAAGAAGGAGGGAGCCAAACUGGAGUGUGGAGGCGUGGCCAUGGAGGACACAGGCCUCUACAUACAGCCCACCGUAUUCUCCCAUGUCAAGGACCACAUGCGCAUCGCCAAGGAAGAGAUCUUCGGCCCGGUCCAGUGUAUAUUCCGCUUCAAGAGCCAGCAGGAGGCCAUAGAGAGAGCCAACAGUACGGAGUACGGCUUGGCUUCUGCCGUGUUCACACGCAAUCUGGACCGMGCUCUCUCUGUGUCUGCRGCCCUGGAGACUGGCACCGUCUGGUAGGUUACUGUUAACUCCUGAACAAUGGUACCAUGCUAGUAUCACUACAUAUGACUACAGCAACAACUAUUAGCUACUACUAUUACCAUCCUAACAAUUCAAUACUAGUACUAAUAUCCAAAAUAGUAUAAGGAUGAGAACUGGAUGUUAGUGAUUGAUUAGUAAUGCCUGACAAGUUCCUAUAAAUACUGUAGGAUAGUCCCAUAGAGAUAGAUUACUCAUCUUUGUAUCUGUGACAGAAUGGGCAGCGCCAUUGAGGUUAUCUUCAUUUUAAAGUAGUCAAUUUGGUUCUUCCCGAUUG